AACAAUCUUCCCAUUGGUACAGCUACAUCUAAAGGAACUCUCUCCAAGGAUGAAGACAAUAUUUGUGAUCCUACUUAUCGUUGCUGUUGUGACAGCUGGCAAGCAGAAUAAGUAUCGUGGCAACCAUGCAGACAACAAUCAAGGAAGAGGCAACAUGCAAGGAUUUGAUGAUGGCAAUAACUGCAAUAAUCGCAAUGAUUUGGACCAAAGAGAUGCAAAGCGUCAAUUGUUUGUCUUGAACUUGCUUCGUCACUUGACAGAUGAUACAAAUCAGAAUACACAUGAUAAGGACUUCCACAAAUAUUCACAAACCAUAAACUUGGAAAAUCAAAAUGACUACAAGAACUUGAACAAGGUCUUCACAUUGAUGACUUUAUAUCAAGAUGGAUGGUUUGCAAGACGUAAUCAACAAUUCUCAAUGUUAGAUGAACGCAAUAUGCUUUCGACUAAGGUGCUCUUUGAUUUCUUUGACACGAUGACAAACUGGAACACAGUUGCAAAGAAUCUAAUUUGGUGCCGUCGAAAUAUAAAUGAAUAUCAAUUCUGGUACUUGAUGACUCUUCUUGUUGAACACAAUCAAUUCAUGAACAAUAUUGUCUUACCACCAGCUUAUGAAGUCCUUCCAACACAAUUCUUUACUGGUGAUGUUAUGAAAACUGGAAUCAACUUGGCUCUUAAUGGACACAUUGAUUUUAUGAAUAAUCAAGUCGUUGUCAUGCAAAACUUUACAAAUAAAAUUUUAGGUGGUCAGGAUGAUGAAGAUGAUGAUGAGAAUUACAAUGUUAAUGACUUGAAUAAGAUCCAAACUAAGAUCAACAGCUGGAAUAAAUUGAAGCAAGUUGCACAGAAUAUCAAGAAACAUCAACAAUACACAACAUUCAAUAAUAUGCUAAAUACAAGACGUGAUAAUAAGGACAUUAAGAAUAUCAUCAAUAACAAUAUUCGUCAACAGAAUCAAGGAAAUAAGUUCAACAAUAAUGGUGAAGAUCAAAUGAAUUACUUUACAGAAGAUAUGGGAUUAAAUAAUCAUUUCUUCUUCACACGAAUUGGGAACUCACGUUUGCUCAAUGACAAUCAAAUGUACAAUAACAAUAAUAAUAAGGAGACAUUCCAGCAACACAAGAAUCAAAAUUUUAAUGAACAACAAUUAAAGGAUAAGAUCAAUCGUCGUGGUGAGCGUUAUAUCUACCAAAUGCAGCAACUUCUCGCUCGUUUCAAUCUUGAACGGUUGUCAAAUGGUUUGGAUAAUGUAAAGGCAAUCAAUCUUGAUGGAACUAUUGACAAUGGAGUCUUCUCAAACUUAAAACUCACAAAUGGUCUCCAAAUUGAGAAUCGUCAGAAUAACUAUCAAUUGAAUACUGACCAAAAUGGAAAAUUAACUCAAAUGGUUCGUGAUUUCGAACAAAGAUUCUUUCAAGCUAUUGAUCAAGGAUUUGUUGAAACAACUGAUGGAAAGAAGGUCAACUUGUUUGAUAAUGAUGGAAUUAAUAUUCUUGGAGAUAUGUUGCAACAAAAUCCAAACAGUGUCAAUCAACAAUACUUCCGUCAAUUAGAAAUGUACAUGCGCUUAUUAUUAGGUGGAAACUAUGUCCAAAAUGUUGAUCGUACUGAUAAUCGAUUCACAACAACUGUUAUGAGUAAUCACGAUACUACAUUACGUGAUCCAGUCUUUUGGCAAAUCAUGAAGCGUGUCACAGAUAUUGUCAAUAAAUACCGAGACAAAUUAGUUCCUUAUAAUAAGAAUGACUUGUACUUUAAGGGAGUUCAAAUCGAUAAUGUUAAAGUCACAAAAUUACAAACCAAAUUUGAUUAUUUCGAUGCUGAUGUAACAAAUGGAUUCAAUGGUAAUGUCAUUCAAAUGUGCAAGACUAUCAAUAAUAAGAACAGGAAUAACAACAAUGAUGACUUGAAUGAUUCAAGCGAUUCUGACAGUUCAAGCUUGAGUAGCUCAAGUGAAUCAAACAGUCAAAGUGGAUCUGAUGAAAAUAAUGGCCACAAACAAAGCAGAAAUGAUUUGAUCAAGCAAAUGAUGCAAAAAUACAACAAAAAUAACAAGAACUGGCAAGCUAGCAAAAAUCAAAUGAAUCUAAAGAAUAAAAAUAACAGACAUAAUAAGGCAACAACCAGUAAAUCAUCAAGUUCAAGCAGUAGUUCAUCCAGCAGUUCGUCAAGUUCCAGUUCAAGCAGUGAAAGCAAUGAAUCAAACUUCGUAGGACAAAACCGAGGACGAAAUAAUAACAACAGAUAUAAUCGCAAUAUGAAGAAUCAAAGAAGGUUCAACAAGAACAAAUUUACUCAAAAUAAGAAGAAACAAGCCAAAACCUUGAAUAACCAAUUCAACAUGUACAAAUACAUCAUGGGCAACCAAAACAAUAAAGGAAAUGGAUUCCAAAUCUUUGUACGUCAACGUCUAAUUGAUACCAAGCAAUUCCAAGUCCAAAUCAAUCUUAAAUCAAACAAGAAUCAACUCGGUAUAGUAAGAAUCUUCCUUGGACCACGAAUCAAUAACAAGCAACAAUUGAAUGAUAACCGCAAGAACUUUGUUGAACUUGACCAAAUUGUUGUAAAAUUGAAUCAAGGACAAAACAAAAUCUUCAGAAACUCAGUUGAUUUUAAGAAUGUUGUUGAUGAUCCAUUGACAUUCCAGGAAUUGAUGGAUCGUACAAAGAACAUGAUGAAUGGAAAUAACCAAAAAUGUAAUAACAACAAUAAGAAUCUCUUUAAUGUCAAUUUCGAUACAAAUAACAACAAUCAAGGACUUCCACAUCGUUUGAUCUUACCAAAGGGAACAGUUGGUGGACAAGAUUACACCAUUUUCGUCACAGUCAAUGAUUUGGAUAUUACAAACCAAAACAAUGUUGACUUAAUUAAUGACAAUAAUUGGACUAAAUUCAACAAGGACAAUACAAAUAACAAUGGUGAUUCAUCAAGCAGUUCAAGUUCCAGUUCAUCAAGCAGCAGCAGCAGUAGUUCAAGUGAAUCAAAUGAAUCAACUGACCGUCGUGGGUAUGACUGGAAUUAUAGAAACUUAAAUAGAAAGUAUAAUAAGAAUAACAACAUGAAGACAUUGAUGAACAUGAUCAAUCAAGGAAAUCAAGAACAAAACCGUGGACAGAACAAAAAGUGGAUGAACAAAGAUGACUUCAAGAAUAUGAUCCAAAAUAUGUACAAGAAUCAUAUUAAUAAAUAUGAAAAUAAUUGGAAUGGCAACAACAACAAGGUCUGGUGUAACCAUCAAGGAGUAAAGAUGUAUAACUGCAAUGAUGGAAACAAGAACAUUGGAAAUGGAAAUGGUAUCCUUGACAAACGUGCCAUGGGCUUCCCAUUAGAUCGCAAUAUCAUCGAUGUUAAUGGAUUCGUUGUUGACAACAUGUUCUUUAAGGAUGUCACUGUAUUCCACAAAGACACCUACCAAACACGCAAUAACAAUUAACUGAUCAGAACCUGAAAUUCAGUACAAAAAUCAUUUAUUCAUUCUCAAAAUAAUGGCGAUUUCUCAAAUUGAGGACUCAAUUUAGUUUUUUAAGCUGCAAGAUUUAAAAAAUUGUAUCAAUAUGAUGAUUCUGUUACUUGUUGUAAUCUACUAUUGAUACAUGCCAAAAAAAAAUAAAAUUGUUUUCAAUUAUUUAACCAAAAUUAUUUAAAAGUUUAAUCCAAAAAUUCCUUUUAAGUUGACACCAAAAAAAUUUACAUGAAAAUUUCAAUUAUUCCGAUGUGAUGCAUACACAACUGUCUUUUUAUUUCAUUCUAGAAGACAAUUUUAAUGUUUACUCAAGUGACAAUGUCAAAAAGAACUAUAUUUCUCAAUAGAGUCGGUAAAAUUUGAAAAAAUGAGUUCCAUGUCUGGAUAAAAUGUCUAGAAUUAUUCCUGUUUUGUCUAAUCUAUAGCUUGAUAAAUCGGGUCUGAACGAAAUGUCUAAUAAGCUGAUGGCUCAACUAAACCCAUGAUAUCAUAAGCAAUAGAAAUAAUAUUGCCUAUAGUAUAUGCAUUCAAUGAUCGAGCAACACUAUGAAGGAAGUUUAUUGCUGACAUGACAUCAUUAAUCUGACUUAUUGUAAAGUUUGGAACUUCGGGCAACAAUAAAUUUUGAAUUUGAAUUUGAGUUGCUGAAUCGUAUCCAGUUAUAUUUUGUAAAGCUUCUGAGAUUG